AUGGAUGAAGUGAGAGAAAUACUUGAAAAUGAAGAUAUAUUGGUAAAUUUAAUCAAUUUUAUAAAUAGAGCAUCAGAGCUCAUAAAUAAUUAUGUUAAUUUAAAAUACAAUGGCAACGAAGAGAGUAGCAAUUUGGAACCCAUUGAAACUAUCACUAUUCCUACUACCACAUUGGAUAAUAUAAUUAACAUAUCAGACACAUCUUCAAUAAACGAUAAUGAUAAUUUGAAUUUGGAUUUGGAUGAAAACAG